AUGAUCAGCAUCGCUAGAACUUUGUCAUUCACGAGGAAUUCGAAAGGCUUGCACCAUCUGGAUGAUAUGUGGAACAAAAGCGUUGUCUUCACUAUCCUUAUUCUGCCGAUCCUUUCAAAUGCUCAAACAUGGAAGACGGGAGACAACUCAACAGCAGAGGGUUGCAGUGCUUAUUGUUCGGUCGGUGAUGGUGAUGUGUUCUGCUGGAAUUCUACCCUCAGCUUUUUCACUAAAGCUCUCAUAGGUCAGCUAAGGCACUAUAUAGCUACACAGGUUGAUAUCGAUCAGUGGUACCGGCGGCACGGGAAGCCUUAUGGCCAAGACAUGAAACUGGUUACUUCUGAAAUUGAGCGCACUCUUUUGAGCCAGCUACAUCCGAAUGACAUACUUACCUACUCUACCGUCCUACAAGUUGCGAAAGUGGUUGGCGAAAGGAUCAGCAGUGUAUCCAAUCAUGUGAUCACUUGGGUUCCACAUUUUCAGUGCCCAAUUCCGUGCGAAUACCAUCAUCACAACUUUCGCGACCUUUUGAUAGCAUCGAUGAUACUGAAUGUUUGCUUGGUUUUGCUUGCUGCGCCAUUUACCAUAAGAGAUGUGUACGAGGUGAAUUCUCGAUCGAACCUGUUCGGAUGGAGGGAUAGGGUGCAAGUUCUGGGAGGCAUAGUCUCGACAAGGAUUGUAUCAUGUAUAUCUUAGCUUCGCGAUGUCUGCUCUAAUUUUUCAAGAUUUUCUUUAUCCAUCUUGGCUAUCUACAUAUGCAGGGCUCGGCACCCGAUGGUUUGGGGUCAAACUGGAUUUCGUUUUUGG